GUCAGCGCGAGUCGAUUGCCAGCGGGUCGAUGACACCCAAUAUAGAGAGCGCCGGCAUUAAGUUCCCGGAGAUCAAGGCGUCCGGUGCGACGCUCAGGAGUCAGCGCAUGAAACUGCCCGCAGCUGUGGGCCAGAAGAAGACCAAAGCUAUCGAGCAGUUGCUGAAUGAGUUGAGCAUCGAAUUGCAUCCCAUGCCCACAGAGGAUAUCUGUCAGCACUUCAACGAACUCCGGAGUGAUAUGGUUCUGCUGUACGAGCUUAAGAUGGCAUUAGCCAACUGCGAGUACGAGUUGCAGUCACUGAAGCACCAGUUCGAGGCCUCACAGCCCGGCAAGACUCUCGACAUACCGACGCUCACUCUACUGACCACCCCUUCCGUCGAGACUAAAACCGACGGCUCGCCCACCAAAAAGAUCUCCGAAGUGAUAGAUCUGGGCUCAGGACCGGGAACUCCGAACCGAAAGCGAAGGGCAGCCAUAGAACAGGUGAACCUCAUGAAGAAACUGAAGAAAAACUAGGAUUUCAUGCGUUUUUUGUACAUUUAAUUUAAUUUCAUAAUUGAGUCACAAAUAAAGUGUCAUUUUUUGUCUGCUAUA